AUGCUGCAGCAGAGAUGCAGCCCAGCCAGUAAGUGUUCAAGAUACAUGGAACCUGGAAACCUAACAAGUGUCUCAGAAUUCUUCCUCCUGGGCCUCUCAGAUGAUCCAGAAUUGCAGCCUGUGCUCUUCACCCUGUUCCUGUCCAUGUACCUGGUCACCAUGUUGGGGAACCUGCUCAUCAUCCUGGCUGUCACCUCUGACCCCCACUUCCACAACCCCAUGUACUUCUUCCUCUCCAACCUGUCCUUGGCUGACAUUGGUUUCAUCUCCACCACAGUCCCCAAGAUGAUUAUGAAUAUCCAAACUCACAGCAGAGUCAUCUCCUAUGAGGCCUGCCUGACACAGAUGUCUAUUUUUAUCAUUUUUGGAUGUAUGGAUGACAUGCUUCUGACUGUGAUGGCCUAUGACAGGUAUGUGGCCAUCUGUCACCCACUGCACUACAAGGUCAUCAUGAACCCACACCUCUGUUGCAUCUUCAUUUCAGUGUCUUUUUUUCUUAGCCUUUUGGACUCCCAGGUGCAGAAUUUGAUUGUAUUACAAUUUACCUGCUUCAGGGAUGUGGAAAUUUCUAAUUUCUACUGUGACCCUUCUCUUCUUCUCAACCUUGCCUGUUCGGGAUCUUUCACCAAUAACAUAGUCAUGUAUUUUGUUGUUGCCAUCUUUGGCUUACUCCCUUUCUUAGUGAUCUUUUUUUCUUACUAUAAAAUUCUUUCCUCCAUUCUCAGAGUCCCCUCAUCAGGUGGGAUGUAUAAAGCCUUCUCUACCUGUGGCCCUCACCUGUCAGUUGUUUGCUUAUUUUAUGGAACUGCCCUUGGUGUGUACCUCAGUUCAGCUGUCUCACAAUCUCUCAAGAAGGAUGUAGUUCCCUCGGUGAUGUGUACUGUUGUCACCCCCAUGCUGAAUCCCUUCAUCUACAGUCUGAGGAACAGAGACAUCAAAAGGGCCGUUUGGAGGUUGCUUAGCAAAACAAUCUCACCUUUGUACCUGUACCACCCAUUUGGAGUGAACCUGCAUCACAAAGUCCAGCCUGAGUCUGUCGUUGUUCCAGCCCUGAGGAGGGAGCCUGAGACUUCAGCAUACACCAAGCAGGAGAGAAGCAGUGAAUCUGUGGUCCUUGGUCAUGCUCCAGCAGAGAUGCAGCCCAGCCCACAGCAAAUGGGUCUCUGUAAACUUCCCCUUAAUCACUGUAAUCAUUAUGAAAGUGGUGAUGAAGAUGAAGAUGAGGAUGAGGAGGAUGACAUGAACCAUAACAUCAUGUAA